UAGGAUGGGACCAGUAGCCAGAUAUCCAUGCAUGCCUGACCGCUAGUCUACUUCCUGGAUGGAAGAAUGGGACGUUUCCAGCACCACUUUUCUUCGCAUUGUGUUUUGCCCUUCGUCACGCUGACGCCGCGGAUAAUCACUUAAUAAUGAUCACGUGUAAUCAAUAUUAUUCGACCACUUUUUCUCUCUUCUUGUAGUUAAAGACAGCGAUUGAUCGCCGAUUGACCCCUCUACACUUCGGGAAUGUCGCUAUCUGGAAGCCCGCUACAGGCACGGUGGAGUCCGACAGCAGAUUUUGAACUGUUUCUGCACAGCCGUGGUGUGCGUAACGUUUUAUUCCUCGAAGCUAAAAACAGCCGCUGCUCGGACUGGAGGCGAACAAAUUAGUCUUUUUUUUAACAGCAGUGACUCUGUAGUCUCACCGCUUACCAUUACUUUGAUGCUCUGCCUUCGUGGCUGCUGUGCCAACUUCGUUUCAGCCUCGACCGAGUGUAUGUGAUUUUCUUUUCUUUUUUUUUUUUUUUGGUUGUUUUUUUUUUUUUUGUCAAAGAAGAGAAAAGACUGAAAAACUUUGUCACCCGUUGCCUUCUUGUUGCUCUCGAUGAGUAGUCUAACAUGCGGAGAAUACGGGAACCGAGUUACUGGUGGAUUUUAUCCCUAAUGUUUUUAACCUUGCCCAAACACAAAGACUGUCAUCCUGUUGCAUCGGGUGACCGGCCUAACUAUGCUGGAGACGGGCAUCAUGGGAGUACAGGCGUAAUGAGGGAGAGGAGGGCAGCUGAUGACCCUUACUGGUCCUAUUCAGGAAGCCAUGGACCUCGAGGGUGGGCAGCCUCAUAUCCAGAAUGUGCUGCGAAGAACCAAUCACCUGUGGACAUCGCAGAUGAACAAGCUCUGGUUUCAGAGGAGUACCAAGAGCUUGUGCUCGACAAGUUCAACACGGAGUCAUCCAACCACACCACCAUGAAAAACACAGGAAAGACAGUUGCUGUUCUCCUGAAGGAUGACUACUUUGUGAGAGGUGCUGGACUGCCAGGCCGCUUUAAGGCUGAGAAGAUGGAGUUUCACUGGGGCCAGAGUAAUGGAUCAGCAGGCUCAGAACACAGCAUAAGUGGCAGAAGGUUCCCUGUAGAGAUGCAGAUCUACCUUUACAAUUCAGAUGACUUUGACAGCCUCAGUGCUGCCAUCAGGGAAAGACGCAUCAUCGCUGCCAUGGCCGUCUUCUUUGAGCUGGGCCAAAAAGACAAUCCAGCUGCCGACCCCAUCAUCCAGGGACUGAAAGGAGUAGUGCAUCAUGAAAAGGAGACCAACCUCAGGUCUUUCAUCCUGAGGGAUCUGUUGCCGUCAUCAGUGGACAGUUAUUACCGAUACACCGGUUCCCUGACCACGCCGCCCUGCAGCAAGGUAGUGGAGUGGAUCAUCUUCUCCAGGCCGGUGUAUCUGUCCCACUCGCAGCUGGAGGCCUUUUACUCCAUCUUUACAACGGAGCAACAGGACCAUGUCAAGUCUGUAGAGUACCUUAGGAACAACUUCCGGCCCCUGCAAGACCUGGACAGUAGGAAAGUCUUUAAAUCGGCUGUGAAAGAUGCAUGGCAGAAGGAUUUGACUGAGAUCAUGCGAAGCCCUCACAGCACUGAAGCUUCAAGAGUGUGCAGCAGUGCCCCAGUGAGCAUGAAGAUCCAGCCGCUGAACCAGACGGCAUUGAUGGUGAGCUGGGAACGCCCUCUGACCAUCUACCACCCACCAAUCACCAGUUACAUGGUCUCCUACAGCUGGGUGAAACGUGAUGUUGCAGAUGAAAAUACCUUCACCAAGACCGGGGACCAGAGCAUGAAAGCAGUCAUCACUAAUGUGUCCCCUGACAUCCUGUACCUGUUCAGAGUGCAGGCAGUAUGUCAACAUGACCUGCGCAGUGAUUUCAGCCAAACACUGCUGUUCAGAGCUAAUACAACAAGAAUAUUUGAAGGGUCUCGUAUUGUGAAGACCGGGAUGCCCACGAUUUCUCCAGCAUCCCCGGCAGACAUGGCUCCAAUAAGCUCUGGUUCCUCCACUUGGACGUCAUCUGGCAUCCACUUCUCCAUCGUCUCCAUGGCAACGGGGAUGGGCCCCUCCUCUAGUGGCAGCCAGGCCACAGUGGCAUCAGUAGUGACAAGCUCCCUGCUGGCAGGCUUGGGCGUUGGCGGAGGGGUCAUUUCUUCUUUGCCCAGUUCUGUCUGGCCCACACAUGCUCCACAAGCCACUCAGAACCCCACCCGUCCAUCCGCUGCGCCUGAAAAGUCCAGCACUGAGCAGGCAGCACCCCAGGGCUCAGAGACAGACUCUCCGUCUGAGGAGAACCAGCCUGCACAUAAAGGUGAGGAAGGGGAAGAUGAGGGCGAGGGAGAGGGGGAGCCAGAGGACGACGAGGAUGAGAAGAAGAGAAAGAACAAGACUACACCUGAUAAUGAGGAAAAGCAAGUGAACCACACUGUGGCCAAAGAGCCUUUAGUACCCACCCCCGCAUCCACAGCCAAAGAGAAAGGGGAAGGGAGGCCUACAGUCAAAGGCACCACAAUACCUGCAAGCACCAGCGAUGAGCAGUUGGUCAACAUAGAGAAGAAUCCCACAGAUGUAAAUACAGUCUCCACUCAGGAGCCCCGUAAUGUCAGUGCUGAGAUGCAGAUUCCCCAGAGCUCCACACUGUCUCCGAAGAGCGGGAGUGAUGGAAGGAGUCUCUGGCCUUUCUCUGUCCACACUGACAGGACCACUUUGUCCAACAUUACCCGAAGUCCUCCUCCGGGGAUGGGCAGGAUGGUGUGGAUUGUCCCCUUAGUGGUGGUGUCUGCUCUCACUCUGCUUUGCCUCAUAAUGCUGCUGAUUGUGAUGGUCUACUGGAGGAGAUUUUUCCAGACAGCUCACUUCUAUGUGGAGGAGAGCAGUUCUCCACGGGUGGUGGCCAAUGAGAAUAUUCCAGUCAUUCCUAUACCAGACGACAUGGAGGCCAUCCCUGUUAAGCAGUUUGUUAAACACAUCAUGGAGCUCUAUAAGAAUACCCUACAAGGUUUCGCUGAAGAAUUUGAGGAGGUCCAACGCUCGACAGCAGACCUGAAAAUUACAGCAGAGCAUUCCAAUCAUCCUGACAACAAGCACAAAAACCGAUACAUCAACAUUGUGGCCUAUGACCACAGCAGGGUGAAAUUACGAGCCCUGGCAGGGAAAGAUGCAAAACAUUCAGAUUACAUCAAUGCCAACUAUGUGGAUGGAUACAACCGUCCCAGAGCGUAUAUAGCUGCUCAGGGUCCUCUCAAGUCUACAUUUGAGGAUUUUUGGAGGAUGGUAUGGGAGCAGAACACUGGAAUCAUCAUCAUGAUCACAAACCUGGUGGAGAAAGGGAGAAGGAAAUGUGACCAGUACUGGCCGACAGAGAACAGUGAGCAGUAUGGAAACAUUGUGGUGACGCUGAAAAGCACCAAAGUGCACGCCUGCUACACACUGCGGCGUUUCCUUAUAAGGAACACUAAAGUUAAAAAGGGCCAAAAGGGGAAUCCAAAAGGGAAGCUAAAUGAACGUAUCGUGGUCCAGUAUCACUACACUCAGUGGCCUGACAUGGGAGUACCGGAGUACACCCUCCCUGUGCUCACCUUCAUCAACCGCUCAUCAGCGGCUCGCACUGCAGACAUGGGACCUGUCUUGGUUCACUGCAGUGCAGGGGUUGGGCGCACAGGAACGUACAUUGUCAUUGACAGCAUGCUGCAACAGAUCAAGGACAAAAGCACAGUCAGCGUCCUGGAUUUUCUCAAACAUAUCCGCACACAACGCAACUACCUAGUCCAGACUGAGGAGCAGUAUGUUUUCAUCCACGAUGCUCUGAUGGAGGCCAUCCUGAGCAGAGAGACAGAGGUGCCUGCCUGGCAGCUCCACAGUUAUGUCAACAGCAUUCUCAUGCCCAACUCGACAGGCCGCACACGGCUGGAGAAGCAGUUCAGGCUGCUGACUCAGUGCAACACGCGCUUUGUGGAGUGCUUUAGCGCCCACAAAGACUGCAACAAGGAGAAGAACCGCAAUUCCUCAGUGGUUCCCUCGGAGCGAGCAAGGGUCGGACUCACCACUCUGCCUGGAAUGAAAGGAACAGAUUACAUUAAUGCAUCCUACAUAAUGGGUUACUACAGGAGUAACGAGUUCAUCAUUACCCAGCAUCCCUUACCCCACACUACCACAGACUUCUGGAGGAUGAUUUGGGAUCAUAAUGCUCAGAUUAUUGUCAUGUUGCCUGACAACCAGGGACUGGCUGAGGAUGAAUUUGUUUACUGGCCAAGUCGGGAAGAGGCCAUGAACUGCAUCGCCUUCACUGUCACACUCAUCAGUAAGGACAGACUGUGCCUCUCCAACGAGGAGCAGAUCAUCAUCCACGACUUCAUCUUAGAGGCCACACAGGACGACUACGUUCUGGAGGUGAGACAUUUUCAGUGCCCUAAAUGGCCGAACCCUGACGCCCCUCUCAGCAGCACCUUCGAGCUCAUCAGUGUCAUCAAGGAGGAGGCCAUGACCCGUGAUGGUCCCACCAUCGUGCACGAUGAGUAUGGAGCAGUGUCAGCAGGAAUGCUCUGCGCCCUCACCACACUGUCCCAGCAGCUGGAGAAUGAGGGAUGUGUCGACAUCUAUCAGGUGGCUAAGAUGAUCAAUCUCAUGAGGCCGGGAGUCUUCACUGAUAUAGAGGAGUACCAGUACCUUUACAAAGCCAUGCUCAGCCUGGUCGGUAACAGAGAGUGUGGCCUGAGCCCCAUGCACAUGGACACUAAUGGAGUGGUGGUGAUUGCAGAUGAGUCGGACCCUGCAGAGAGCUUGGAGUCGCUCGUCUGAGGACAUUCUUACGGGCACUUAAUUUGUAAAAAUCUGAGAACUUUUCUGAGGCCUUUUUUGCCAGACUAUUGAUUAAAUGAAUAACCUUAUUACUUUUUAUACUGAUAAAUGUUUUUUGAUAUUUAUGUUUUUGCCCUUUAUUUCUUGUCUUAAAUGUUAUCCUGCUGAGCGUUUGCACCUGUUUAAGUUGACGUGAGGAAAAAGCAGCUCUGUCCAGUUUGCACUAUACUAUCAGUGUUACUGCCUAAAUCCAGCGAGUUAAAUCCUGGCUACAUGACGAAACUGGGAUCUUUGGACCGCAAUGAGACGAACCUGAAGCAUGAAGACCAGGAGAGUUAAGGCGAUCCACCUACAAUAAUGUCUCAAAGAUGAACAUCGCAUCACAACGUAGCCCAGCAUGCAUUAUGUCACUUUGUCACCUCGAUCAAACUAACUGUUUUCAGGCUUCGCUCCACAUGCGUGAAGCUCUUUAUCACACGUGAAGAGACUCUUACCUGCCUAAUAUUCAUAUAUUGUCCAAAUAUCUCACUGCUGUCUUGUAUAAUGUACUUAUGGCUUAUUUUGUUAAAGUGUGUUACAACAUCUAAUGUGAACAUUUAUUGCUUUUUACAGGGAUUUAUAUUGUUAUAUUGUUUUGUAAUAUAUAUAUAUAUAUAUUAUAUCCUUAAUAGCCAGCCAAUGUUGUUGUUUUUUUUUUCUUUUUUGUUCUGUUUUUUUUAGUACUUUUGCCUACAUGUAUUUGUCCACUGGCCUUGGUGUAGAUUCAUAUUUUUGGAGAUUCUGUAGCUUAUCAUGAAUUGCCUACACAGCUCCAUGUUUUAUUUUUCCGCUUUUCUAAUCUCAGCUAUCAAAGCUCAGCUGUUGUAACACAUGUAAUAAGUAUCUGUAUUGACACAAUGCAGUGCCUACAAAAAGUAUUCACCCCACACAAAGUUUUUCAUGUUUUGUUUUGCAACAUUGAAUCACAGUGGAUAUGAUUAUGAUAUAUUAUUAUUUAUUUUUGACAUUGAUUUAAGAGGGGAAAAAAACAAUGUCAAAGUGAAAACAAAUGUCCACAAAUGGAUCGAAAUUGAAUACAAGUACAAAAUUGAUUGUGCAAGUGUUCACCACCUACGAGACAAUAAUUAUUAUAGGAACCUUUGGCAAAAAUUACUACAACUAUUAUGAUCUUUGUAGAUGGGUCUGUAUCAGCAUUGUACAUUUUGUACAUUUGGACACUGCAUUUCUCUCUUUCUUCUGUCAAACUCUGUGACUGAGGCAGCAUUGCUCAACUCCUGCCAUUAAUUCUGGACUGGAUUGAGGUCUGGACUCUUAUUUUGUCACCCAAGACAUUAAAAUUGUUGUUUUUAAAAACACUACUGCAUAGUUUUGGCUUCAUAUUUGUCUUGAAGGAAAAUAAACUUGCAGUUCUCCCAGA